AUGGUGUCGAGCGAUGACGCGGCGACGACGACGCGGGUGCGCGUGCGCGAGGUGCUGUCGGCGUGCGCGGACGCCGCGUCUCGCGGCUGCGAGGAGAUUCGGCGCGUGCAGCGGAAGCGAGAUGAAGCGGCGAGCGACGACGAGACGGCGUUCGUGGUGACGAGAAAGGACGAGAUGGACCCGCGGUCGGCGCUGACGGAGGCGGACCUGGCGGCACAGGCGGCGAUUGUGAGCGCGCUCGGCGCGGCGUUUCCGGAGGUGGCCGUGGUGGGCGAGGAGGAUGAGAACGAAGACGCGGCGCCGUCGAGUCCGAAGAAGGGCGCAAAUCUAAGAUUGGAUCUCAUCGAUGACGUAUUGUCGUCGAGCGGCGCCGUGGGCGAGGCACUGGGGGCGAUGGAGGUGGAUGCGAGCGACGUAACGAUUUUCGUCGAUCCAGUGGACGGGACGCGAGAGUUCGUCGAACAACGUUUGCACGCGGUGCAGUGCCUGAUCGGCGUAGCGGUUCGAGGACGGUCCGUGGGGGGUAUCAUCGGUUUGCCGUUUCCGGAGGGAGACGUCUCCUCGAGGGAGGCGUGCGUGGUAUGGGGAUUCGCCGCUCCAGGAGCUGAGAGCGGCGUGUUGGGCGUCAUUGGAGAACGCGGACAACAAAUGCCCGUGUCUUACAAGGAAAAUUUAGAUAACGCGAUGAGAUGCGUCACGGGUGAUUCUAAGAACGCCGCACUCAAGGAAGCGACGGCGAUUCUGUCGAGAUUGAUUUAUGAAGAAGGAAAAAUGCACGCACACGGAUACAUCGGCGGCGUUGGGAAUAAGAUUCUCGCUGUCGCAGAGGGCCGCGCGGAUUACGCGAUCAUGCACUUUGGAACGUCUUUGUGGGAUUCUUGUGCGCCCGAGGGUGUGCUUCGAGCGAUUGGUGGCAAGGUGACGGAUUUAUUCGGAGCACCACUCACACACUCUCGAAACGCUCCCACCGGUUUGGUGAACCGGCUUGGGGUGAUCGCCACUGGACCGGGAGUAAUACCGAAACACGACGAUAUUUGCGCCGAGAUGCGAAAGUCUGAGCCGCUACGUAACCUUCAAGACCGAUGCAGCGGUGGUGACAGCGCAAUCGCGAUGUCCAACGUCGAGAAUCCUGCGCAAGCGUUCGACGUUGCCAGAUGCUUGGAUGGCUCCCCACUUCGUGUGGCAGAAAUUGCGCGUUCGAUUGCAGGAAAGGUUGGCGUGGACGUCGACGAGGUUAAGCUCUUAGGUUAUGCCUCGCCCGAGGACGACGCCGUACGCGGGUUGAUGUCGGACGCGUGUCGGUUAACAUUUAAGUGGUCGGAAGCUGGCGAGAAGCUUGGUCUGCCGCCGUCGGCGUUUUACAAAAAAGUUGACAUGGGCAAUCUCACCUACAUGCGCACGAAAGCCGUCACGCAACCGCUGAAAAUCGGUCGUGAUAGCCGAUCGUAUCGCAUAGAGGCUUCAUUUUUGGCCUCGAACGCUUGCGCGUCACUGAAAGAAGCUGGAAUCGACGCGCCCAGAUGCUAUGCCGCCGACCUGCGACCGAAUGAUGCGGAUCCGAUCGAGAGUAAGUUUUCUCUCUUGCUCGAGGAUUUCAGAAGCGAAGACGGAUGGCAUCAAGAGCGAAUGCUUCGUGCCGACCAAGCUGAAUGUGCCCUACGAGCCUUGGCUAGGAUGCACGCUUUCUUUUUACCAGGAAGUAGAUAUCGCCAAUCCUCCCCAGAGAAUGACAACGAGCUGCGCUCGUGUGUGUGGCCAUCAGGUGGAUAUUGGCAACCGAAUUUUCAACCGUCAGAGCAAAUGGAUGUGCUGGAAGAGGCUUGGAAGACGCACAUGGUGAGCUUUGGGGACGCUUGGAAAGCGGACCCACAUAUGUCGAGUUUCGACGUUUCCACAGUCGGCAAGCGAUUGCAAAAGCAUGCGAAACGCAUUGGAGCCGAGUCACACCCGUUCAGCGCGUGUCCGGGAGCAGAUGACGUCUUAGCCGAGGGAGGAUCUCGACUUCACGCGAUACAUACUGUGAUUCAUGGCGAUCCGAAACAGGGAAAUAUUUUUGUGAAGAAGCGUGACGAUUCAUGGGACAUCGGACUGAUCGAUUUUCAGUGGACUGGAUUCGGAUUGCCAGGCACCGACCUCGGACACUUCAUGUGCGCAUCUGUACAUUACGAGGCACUGGGUAUAGAUGGAUCCGGACUCGAAGAGACGGCGCUCGUGGAUGCCUAUUACGAAUCUUUCUGUUCAGCCGCUGUCGAAUUUGGUGCAGCGACGAGCGUGGAAAAUGUCGAAUGUGAACUCCUUUCACGAGAUGAACUUCAAGUGCAGUAUGAGAACGGCGUGCUCGACACAUGUCGGUGCGUCUUUGGCUAUCAAUGGCUCCGUGUGAAGGCGAAUCCGCAAUCACUCGCCGCGAACGCGAUGUCCAUUGGUCGAAAUUCAUACAACAAAUCGUUGCCAAACGCGCUGUGGAUGGUUCGCGCCGCGAACAAGUUCUUACAAAACCGCGAGACGCGUGCGGCAAAAAAAUAG